UUUUUCAGCUUUAUACAUUUUAUUUUAUCUAAAGUCUAAAUGUGGGAUUAUAGACUGCAAAUAAAGAUGAACAGAUUUACACAUGUUAUUUCAUUUAAAGUCUCUGUGUGGGAGAUCAUAGACUGCAUUUUUAUACUUUAUUUUACCUAAAAGGUAUUUGUGCGACCGUAGACUUUAUGUAAAGAUUUACAGUUUCAGUUACCUGAUUUCAAGCUUAUGUCUGGAAUUAUAAAUUUCUUCUAAAGGUUUACAGUUUUAUACUCUUUAAUUUAUAUAAAAUCUAUGGUUGACACUGUAGAUUCUCAAUGAAGAUUUACUGUUUCAUACACUUUAAUUUAUAUAAAGUUUAUUUGUAGGACUAUAGACUGUAUGUAAACUGUUAAAAUUCCAUAUACUUUAAUCUCGAAAUAUAGUUUGUAAGAAGAACAAUAUUCCCUCUGAAAUGCAGCAGAAUUGAAGUAUAAUUUAACUUUAAAUGCAAACCUUGAACCUGCAUUCUUGGAUAGAAUGCAUUUAUGGAUUAAACCUGAUUUGUUCUGAGUGUUGGUCUCAUCCUGCUGUUUAUUUUCUAUUUAACUGAUUUUAUCAUUAAUCGCCACCUUUCCUGGACUGCUCCAUCACCUGAAAUUAAUUCAUUUUUGUCUCUACACUUUCAGAAAUGUUGCACAGAGGCUUUCCUUAUUUAAAAAUGUGCAGUUUUGAACAUAUUUACUGUUGACUCAUGCUUCAGUAGAGUCAUGAUUUGACCAUUCAGUUGCUCAAUACAGGGAAAUAAGAAGGAAGUCGAUGUUGAGGAAGUAUGGUGACGUUCUGUCAGCAUUCAGAUUGUCUCGUACGAGGAAUCAUGAGAUCAUUCACAAGCUGUCCGGCCACAGAGAUGGAGCGGUUGGUUUGGCUUUCUCUGCUGCUCUCACACCUGCCUGCGACAGAGAGCUGCAUAUCACAACCCAACGAGACGAUCUGGGGGAAAACGGGACAAAUUGCCGUCCUUCACUGCAACAUCAGUGAACCCUGCUUAGCUGGAGGCUGUCGGUACCAAUGGUUUGCUUUUAAUCAAAGUAAGCAUUUUCGUCUCGACCUGGAGGGCGACAAGUACAAACUGGACGGAGCAUCUUUACACAUCAAGUCACUGGAGGCCAACGACAGCGGGAUCUACCACUGUGCUGUAGCAUCGCAGGAACCAAAAACACACUGUAGACAGUAUGUAGGGAUGGGAACAAGUCUGGUGGUGAGAGAGCAAGCUGAAAUUAAGAUAGGAUACAUUCUGCUGUCGCUGCUCGUCCUUUUAGUCGUCUACAGCCUGGUGAUUGUGACACUUGUUGUCAGAAAGGGUGGCUGCAAAACCAGCAUCCACAGAAAGAUGAGCAAAACUGAUAAGAAUAACUCAAGUAAAAAAAUGCAGUUUCGUGAUGUCCUACAAGAAAUGUACAGCAGAAGGAACCUGGAGAAAAGCAAACAAACAGCAAGAGGAAAUGCUUCUCACAUUGAGGCUGCAAACAGUGAGCUGGACUGCUCCACUGACGACAUCUACCAGAACGUCUAGGUUUCACUGAAGGACGUUAAACAACAGAUUCACACUUUCACCAACCGGACUGAAAGGAAAUCUCAAAGUCGCCAAACAGUCGACGGAGGACGACGUUUCGUGACUGAAUACUUUCUACAAGUGAUGCAAGUUAGUUCCAUCCGCUCAACUUUUCUCUGGAAAUGAGCAACAAACAUCAAAACAACUGUGCUGAGUCAGUGUUUACCGUCUGAAGCAACCAAUGACGGCCAAUGAUGUAAUAAAUUCAGUAAUGUAAUAACAUUUUGUCAAUAAUAAGAAUUUUUUUUAAGUUAUUACAUUAUUGGUUGGUUAUUAUGUUAAUGGACUAGUAUUAAGAAAAUCUUCUGAAAAUGUAAUAGUUGCAGCUGAAAAUGUAAUAACACAUAAAUAGGACUGCAUUUCUUCUCUUGUAUGUACAUUACCGUUAAAAAGUUUAGAGUCACUUAGAAAUGUCUUUAUUUUUGAAAGAAAAGCAGUUUUUUUCAAUGAAGAUAACAUUAAAUAAUGAUAAAUCCAGUCUAGACAUUGUUAAUGUGGUAAAUGACUAUUCUAGCAGGAGAUUUUUAGUGGAAUAUCUCCAUAGGGGUACAGAGGAACAUUUCCAGCAACCAUCACUCCUGUGUUCUAAUGCUACAUUGUGUUAGCUAAUGGUGUUGAAAGGCUCAUUGAUGAUUAGUAAACCCUUGUACAGUUAUGUUAGCACAUGGAUAAAAGUGGGAGUUUUCAUGGAAAACAUGAAAUUGUCUGGAUGACCCCAAACUUUUGAACGGUAGUGCAAGAGAACCUAGAACUAGACAGAAAAUGACUUUUCCAUUAGUAUUAUGAAGCUCUACAAGGCUGCCAGACCAACAGUGGUCUAAGUUUACACAAAAGAGUUAUCUAAGGGACCGCUGAUCAAUAAAAACUUGGAUUCUUCACAGUAAUGUACAAAGUUAAGGAUGUUUACUACAAGAAGUAUUGUCAAUUUUAUGCUAAAGUUUUCCCCUUAGUGCAAUAUGUACAUAAUACUCUUAAGGUUUUUGGAGUUUUAGUGCCAUUAUAGUGCCUGUCCAGUUAUUUUCAGGGUCCUAAUGAGGAUUAAGUGCUGUCUGGAUAAUGGAUGGAUGGGUGAUUGGAUAUCUAAACAAAUAAACAAUAUUCUAAAUAAAGAUGUACAACAAAUAACUCUCAAAUUGGCUCUUACAACCAUAAUUAAGGAGAGCCAGAGCUACAUGAUGACUAUGACAACUAUGCCAUCCCACCAUGCCUGUUUUUGAUGAGCAAACUGCAUAAAAACUGCAAAAAAAAAAUGUUUUGUUUCCAAGAAAUGCAGAAUUAUUUCAGUGUUAUUACAUUAUCAGAGGAUUUUUUUUCUUUAAAUUUAAUGCUAGGCCAUAAUAACCUGCCAAUAAUGUAAAAACUUAUUACAUUUUAGCCAUUAUUAUUACAGUAUUAUUAUUAUUACAUUAUUGGCCGUUACUAAACUACUGAUUACUACACCAUCUUUGUCAAUUUUUAGUCUCACUGAUGUGAUGAAGACGAUGUGAGGUCUUAAAUCUUAUCGUCUCCUGGUUGCUGAAGUUCUAUUUCAGGAAUAUCAGCAACAGAAAAUAUGCCAAAUUAUCUGUGUGAUGGAAGAAUGAACUGUGAAUACUACUUGUAGAAAUGCAGAGCAAAAGACACCGUACCUCAUAGAUCAAAGUGUUCAAAGUGUGAUUAGAGCUGUGAGGAAAUAAUGCAGACAUUUACAUGAAAUGAAACAUUUUAAAAUAAUGAGCACACAGAGUGUAGAUGUGAACACAUUUUAAUCCAAAACACUGAUUUUAUUUGACUGCAGACAGUUGAUCAUUCUAAAAAAAUACAAGAAAAGGCACAGAAUGUUCUGCUGUUUAUCUAACAGCUUAAAAAGUGAAACAAGAAAAGAAUGUGUUAGAUGAGUUCUUACUGCCAGCUUCAUAGAAAUUCACAUUAAAGUUAUUUAAAUAUUCUUGUGAUGCCUCCUGCUUCGUCAUAUUCUGUAGUUACUUUUAUAUAUUUUUGUUCACUGCAGAAAUAAUUCAGAUCCUCCCAGUGUGAGAUGGAUGUACAUGCACUUUUUAAAAAAGAAAUUAAAAGCUGUGAUUUUC